AUGUAAACCUUCAAAUGGAUCAGUACCAUGCCCAUCACCCUCAUGUCUCUGGCGGUUCACUGUCUUCCCAUCCUAAUUCGGGACAUAUACAACACGAGGGUGCUAAUACCCGCCUUCCGAAUCAGUUUGGCAUUCCGUCACAAAGCCAUCAUUUUGGCCAUACUCAUGACCCAUAUGUCAAUUCAACCUCAUCUGUCCAGCAGAUUUUAAUGCAACAGCAGAUCCAGCAUCAGCGAUCGGGUCAUUUCACUUCUCAAGUAUAUGACAGUAAUGAACGGUUAACAAAGUCGCACUCGAAUCACGAUACAAGCCCUCUUAACCAGGUAAAUCAAAUGCGCGUCCAGAUACCGGCCCACCAACAAAUUCCUCAUCCUUUGCAGUCUAAUAAUCCCACUGUCACUUCAAAUCCUCGAUAUUCUCCUAUAGAUCAUCAUGGAUCGCAUCAUUCUCCACCCAUCUCCAAAGAUGGUUACAACACUUCUGCCUAUCACCUGCAAGACCAAUCCCAUGUCCUCACUCAUACAUCUCAUCUACAACAACCUGUAUAUCCUUAUCAUGGAGAUUCAUCCCAAAUGCAAAAUACACAAGCAGCCGCCCACACAACUGAAUUAUCUAAUUCUCAGUAUCCAGGACACCAUUUACCCAUGCAACUAAACAACAGUGCUUCCGGAGGUAAUGAUAUCCACCAUUCUGGUAAUCAACAUCCUCACGCUCCCACUGGUUUUCAAGCACCUUCAGCUCCCUAUGUACCUCCAGUCAAAAAGCGUCGGGGAAGACCUCCAACCCAUCCAACUUUUGAUAUCGGUGCUGGAACCCUACUUGAUGAAGAUGAACAUACUCUUUAUGGAGCUAUACGGUCGGGAAGAGUAGCUCCACAAACAGUGGUUGAUGAUUGGAUUGAACAAUACAAAACAAAUCGUGAGCCUGCUAUGUUGGAGUUGAUCCAGUUCUUUAUUUCAUGUAGUGGUUGCAAAGGAAAAGUAACACCGGAAAUGUAUAGUCGCUUGUCACAUGCUGAUAUUAUUCGUCGAAUGACUGAAGAGUUUGAUGAAGACUCAGGUGAAUAUCCACUUAUACAAUCAAGUCCAGUUUGGAAACGUUUUCGUUCAAAUUUUGUUGAAUUCAUCCAAGUAUUAAUCCGACAAUGUCAAUAUAGCAUAAUUUACGACCAAUGCAUGAUUGACCAAGUAAUCUCUCUAUUGACAGGUCUUACUGACUCACAAGUUCGAGCAUUUAGACAUACAAGUACAUUAGCUGCUAUGAAAAUGAUGACUGCUCUUGUUGAUGUUGCUUUAAAUGUCAGUAUCAAUAGGGAUAAUACACAACGUCAGUAUGAAGCGGAAAGAUCAAAAGUGCAGAAUCGACGUGCUUCUGAUCGACUGGAAGUGUUAAUGCAACGUCGACAAGAAUUGGAAGAGAAUAUGGAAGAGGUGAAAAAUAUGCUUGUCUACAUUUUCAAAGGUGUAUUUGUCCAUCGCUACAGAGAUAGUCAAGCAGAAAUACGAACAAUAUGUAUGCAAGAAAUUGGCGUUUGGAUGCGUCGUUAUCCAGCUAUGUUUUUAGAUGAUAGCUACUUAAAAUAUGUUGGUUGGACACUUUAUGAUAGAAUUGGUGAUGUUCGUCUUCAGUGCCUUCGUGCUUUACAACCUUUGUAUGAGGAUCCUGCUCUCAUUAAUAGUCUGGAACUUUUCACUUCUCGUUUUAAAUCACGUCUUGUGGAUAUGACACUUGAUAAAGAGACUGAAGUUGCAGUUCAAGCUGUGAAACUAGUUUCGUGUAUAUUGAAGCAUAGUGAUUCAGUGCUUGAAGAUAAAGAUUGUGAAAACAUAUAUGAAUUGGUUUAUUGUACUCACAGACCGUUGGCACAAGCAGCUGGUGAAUUUUUAACAUUAAAACUUUUUGAAGUUGAUUCACAUGCACCUCCUACUAGAACUAGAAAAGGAAAAAAGCGUAGUGAAAAUACACCACUUAUUCGUGAUCUUGUGCAAUUUUUUAUCGAAAGUGAAUUGCAUGAACAUGCUACUUAUUUGGUCGAUAGUUUAUGGGAUUUAUGCCCAAUGCUUCGUGAUUGGGAAGCUAUGCUAGAUUUACUCCUUGAGGAACCAGGUAGGGGUGAGGAACCUAUGGAUGCAAAUCAAGAAACAAGUUUGAUUGAAAUUAUGGUUUGUUGUGUUCGUCAAGCAGCAACGGGGGAAUCACCAGUAGGGCGACAGACUGGUGGCCAUCAUUCACAUUCCAAUACCAACUUAUUGACUGGUGGUAUGAACCUUAUGGAGGCUGGCGGGCGCGGUCGAGGUGGUGGAACUACUGGCACAGGGAACAGUGCUGCACCGUCUUCCCGUGAAGCUCGUGCUCUGGCUGAAGAACGUAGUCGAAUGACAGAGGCAAUGAUAACUGCUAUACCAGCACUACUUGCUAAGUAUGGAGAAUCUCCUGAACGAGCUACAAAUCUUCUUGCUAUUCCACGACACAUGGAAAUGGAACUCUACACUACAGGCCGACAUGAAAGACAUUUGGAUCUUCUACUCCAAGCUAUUCAGGAUAUUGUAGAACGUCAUACUGAUCCACAAACAUUAUUGGCUUGUUCACGUGUUUACGAAUCAUUGUGUAUUGAUGAGCUAAGCAUUGCUGCAAAGUGUCAAACUGUUCGUGGAACAUUGUUGGAUCGUUUGGUGGAUCUUUAUCGUGAUGCAUUCUUAAACUACUUUAAUGAUCAGGGAGAGGAACCUGAUCAGGAUGACGAGUUUCACUUAUUAGCUGCAUUGAAACGAAUCUAUGCGUUUUACGCUUGUCACGAUCUUUCUGGAUUGGAUUUAUGGGAUAGUCUUAUCAGGAUUGCACAAUCAGGAAAUGAUGCCAAUGGUGAGAUUGUAGCUCAAGCUGUUAGUUGUUGUUCUAAAGCUCUAUUAUGGAAUCUUGCCAGAAUUGGAGAAGCUGAUGCGGAUAAAGCAGACUUGAAUAAACUACGAAGACAGUUAAAUCUCUAUAUGGACGUAUGCAUUGGUUACUUAGAUCAUUCAUGCAAACGAUUAGCAUCAGAAUCAUUUCUAUCCAUUUGUGAUUUGUUAGUUGUUUUCUCACGUCAUCUUUCUACUCAUUUGCCAAAUUUGAAAUCUAUCAUUUAUACAGCUGACAGAGAUUUAGAACUCAAGCUGACCAAUUUCUUAGAGCAACGAGUUUUUGUUGAUGAUGAUGAUGAAGAGGAUGAUGAAAAUGUCAAAUUUGAAUCACUUCAUGAAAGGCGUACACAAUUAGCUGCAUUUUUUAAACUAGUAAUAUAUAAUUUAAUACCGAUAAGAGCAGCUGCUCCAAUUUAUAAAUAUUAUAUUCGAUCUUUCAAUGAUUUUGGCGAUAUUAUGAAAUCAACAUUAGCUAAAGCACGUGAAAUUAAUCGAGUGCAUACUGCUCGUAUGAUUGCCCAUUGUUUAGAGUUGUGUUAUUUACAAGUAGAAGCAGCUUCUAAUAAUUGUGUUGAACGUGGUUCUGAAGGUCUUCAAGCUGUAAAAGAACUUGCCAGGCGUUUAAAUCUCAGUUUUGGUCUCGAUCUAAUUAAAAUACGCGAAUCUAUGGUUGCUUUCCACUCGGAAGGAAUACAGUUUUGUGUUUCCCGAGCUGCUUCUACAGCAGCUGCUACAGGUCAACCCCCUGGUAUUCCAAGCAAUUUGCUCUUCCUUGAAGUUGUCGCUGAGUUCUCAAACAAGCUUCUCAGGCAAGACAAGAAAAGUAUAUAUGAAUAUCUCCGUCGAAUUUUCCCAAAUCCUGUUGGUAAUGAAUGGGCUAGUCUACAUGCCUAUCGAUCAAGCCUUGAUCCUGACAACACUGAUAAUGCCCCAGGACAUGAUGGAGUUAGUCAUGCUACAAAUCCUCAGGCUGUGAGCAAUUCUAAUCCCGCUGUAGUACAAGGUAAUGUGGCCGCAUCAACAAGUGGACGUGUAGGAUAUGGAAGUAGAGGUCGAGGCAAAAGACUACGAGAUUCUGAUUCCUCCCUUCCCGAUGCAAACUUAAAUCCACAGUCUACAAGUACAGCUAUCAAAAAGAAGCGUACUAAUGUCUCAAGCAAUAACAAAAAUACAUCUGGAAAUAUUUCUAGUAUGACUACAGUAGACGCCUCCCGACCUGCAUCACCUGCAGAAAUACCCCCCAAUAAUGCGGGAUGUGCACCUCACCACAACCCUUCAACAUCGAUGUCAACGUUAGCUACUCCCGUACAUUCUUCGUCUAACCAAUGAACCCCAUCCACAUCCUUACUAUAAUAAAUAAUCACUUAUUUGAGAGAUGAAAUUUUUAUGACUCACGCGUCCUUACAGUUUCUGUGUGUGUUUUUCCCGCUUCUAGAAAUGUUUCAUUCAGCAAACAUCUUCAGAUGUUUAUAUUUGUAAAUAUAUAUAGACAACUGAUGCGCUUAAUGUGUAAUUAUUAUCUUCACACAGAUUAUUCUUAUUAAUCCCAAUUGGGGGCUGUAUUAUUAUUAUUAAUUAUCCACUAAUAAAAUUCCCUUCGCCAAAAUAUUGUACAUUUUGUUUAGGCUACUACUCUACACCCGACGACUUGAUUAUAUCACCUGUUGUUUACAAAACACUUAGUUCUUUUCUAUUUGUCUCCUUCUACACACACAUAUAUAUAUAUAUAUUGAAUCAAAACGUUCUUUUUUUUGUAUUAAACGCUUUUUUUUAAAAAAAAAAAGAGCGUUUAUUUCUACUCCUCUGUAUCUGUUUCUCUCUCCUGUAAGUUGUUGUAUUUUCAAAAUUGUUCUCUUUUUUUUGUAAUACACACCAGUCGUAAUUUAAUAUUAUUAAUUAAUUAGGCUGGGAGAAUUUAUUAUUUAGCCACAACAACAACAGCAGCAGCUCAUUUGAAAAAAAACACUGUUGUUUCAAUUGUGCAGAGUAGAGAACUAUUUUUUACACACAUAAAAAAAACUUGCUGUAAAUUCCCUUUUUUGUAAAAUUUGAAUCAUCCCCCCCCUUUAUAAUUAAUUAUAUAAAUAUAGAUUGCUGCACUAUAUAUAAUUCGUUUAUGAACUAACUAACUAAUUGACUAUUCCGUAUUUCGUAAUCGACCUUCUUUUCUUUUAAUUGUUAUCGCUAACACCAUUUUUUUUCCCACUGAAAUUUCCGCAACGUGUUUUUUUUUUCGUGUAAAAAAAAUACAGUAAUAAUAAUAACUAAUUACUUGAUUUGAAUUUGAACAGAGAAAAAAAAGGCAAAACAUCCAUCUUUUUUUUUCGUUUUCUGUACACAUCAUCAUCAUGACGCGUUUAACAUUAUUGACUUUUCAAUGAGUAAAGAAAACAAUUUAUCACAUUACACUUAAUUUUUAUUUGUGUUCCAAUCAGAUUUCCCCAAUAAUCAAUCCUCCACUUGUAUAAAUAUUCAUUUUUGUUCAUAUAAUUACUACUAUUAUUAUUAUUAUUAUUAUUACUACCAACACAACAAUUAUUCCUUUUUUUUUCCAGAUUUAGGUAGCUUCAAAUCUUGUCCAAAUUUUUUUGUUUAAAACACUGGAUCGUCCAUAUAUAUAUAUAUAUAUAUAU